AUGUCUCCUGAGAGGCUUCCCACAGAGAUAUCUCCGUUGCUGGGGUCGCAAGGCAACGGCAAUGCUGUUCAGCCUCCUUUGAUCGGGGCCAUUCCCAGGGACCCUGAAUCGGCAAUUAGACCCGAUGUAGCACAACCGGAUAAGAAUGCCGCAGAAGCGAUACACGAGCUGCGGUACAUUGUGCCUGCGAUUUCUAUCGGAAUCUUCUUGUCCGCAGCCGACCAGACGAUUAUCAUGGCCAGCUAUGGCCAGAUUGGUAGCGAUCUCAAGGCUCUCAAUCUGACUAGUUGGAUUGCUACUUCUUAUUUCCUGACUUUGACGUCUUUCCAACCUCUGUACGGAAAAUUGAGCGAUAUCUUUGGUCGGAAGGCCUGUUUGUUGUGGGCAUACGCUAUCUUCGGCACUGGAUGUUUGUUCUGUGGUAUCGCGCAGAAUAUCCACCAACUAAUUGCCGCUCGGGUUUUUCAAGGCAUAGGGGGCGGCGGCAUGACAACUGUGGUUAGCAUCCUCAUGAGUGAUAUCAUUCCUCUCCGAGACCGGGGGGUUUGGCAAGGGAUCAUUAAUAUCAUCUAUGCUACUGGUUCGGGAACCGGUGCACCCUUAGGUGGUAUUUUGGCUGAUUAUAUCGGCUGGCGAUGGGCCUUCAUUGCUCAAGUUCCACUCUGUAUAAUUGCCUACAUAGCUGUAUCGAUCAUGCUCGACUUGCCUUCCCAGGAAGAUAGUCAUUGGAGAAGCAAGCUUAGGCGCAUCGACUUCCCAGGGGCGAUUGUUCUCGUCGGCGCAGUUUUCGGCUUCCUUCUCGGUCUCGACCGAGGCAGUAAUGUGUCCUGGUCGAUACCGAUAACGAUCAUCUCGUUGAGUGUAUCCGUCGUUCUGUUUGUGCUUUUCGUCGUGAUUGAGAUCUACUAUGCAGCCGAACCCUUCGCUCCCGGUCAUAUCAUCUUUAACCGCACAUUUUUCGCCACUUAUUGCUGUAACUUUUUCAGCUUUGGAGGCUGGAUUGCAGCUCUGUUUUAUAUUCCGCUAUACUUCCAGGCUGUAGAUGGCGUAUCCGCUACUAUUGCUGGAUUACGACUUCUGCCUAGUAUCAUCUGUGGAGUAACCGGCUCUCUUUUUGCGGGAUUCGUGAUGAAGUGGACUGGAAGGUUCUACUGGCUAACAGUGAUCUCAUAUUCAUUUCUGACACUGGGGCUCAUGUUAAUCUUCAUUUUCUCGGGGGGUGUUGUUACGAGCCUAGUUCCGAUGAUACUAGGAACAAUGUUGUCGGCCUUUGGGAAUGGCACCGGCAUCACCACGACACUGAUCAGUCUAAUAUCGAACGCGACCCCUGAGGACCAGGCAGUCGUAACAGCCUGCUCGUAUCUCUUCCGGUCUCUGGGAUCAGUGAUUGGUCUGUCGCUGUCUUCAACAGUGGUACAGCAAGCCCUUCGAAGUCGACUGCGGUAUGCCUUGCGUGACAGCAAGGAUAUCGACCGCAUUGUAGACGGAGUGCGCCAGAGUCUUGAUUUUAUCAAGACCCUUGACCCCGCCGUUGGUAGAAAUGUUCGAAGCUGCUACGGAUGGGCUACGAAUAAAGGAUUUUCCUUUUUAAUCGGCAUCGUGUUCUUUGCCCUCGUUAGCAGCUUUUUUAUGCGCGAGAAGAAACUCAGUCGGCCGGACUUGUCCCGAUAUCGUCCAGUGCUUUACCUGCUGACAGGAAUCGCGGCCGCCUACGCUCUCGUCUACGUCAAUAAUCAGCUCCUCUCGUCUUCAUCAUCACGGCCAUCUCUUCGUCGCAGGAGAGCUAUUCGCCGCCCGAGGCGAAGUGAGCCUGAGCAGCCCGCAGUCGUCGAUACUCCCUCAUCCCGGGCCGUCGCCCACCUCGAGCAGCUGGAACGUCAAAAUGGCGUGUACGGUACCUUUCGCAUAGAGACAGAAGAUGGACGUCGUGUGGAGAGUGGCCUACUCCCGUCGCUGUUGGCGACGCGGGACCAGCUGAUGGAGGAAGUGGGCGUUCCCGAAGCCCAUGCGGAGCGGAUGCGCGAGAUGAUGGAAGAUACGUUUCUGGAGUCGUUCCUUGCUUUGGAUUUCCCGCCAGGACAUAGUUUGGAGGAAGGAAGCGCGGAACGGGAGUACUUGACGGAGCAGCUUCAACGACGAGGGAUUUCUCACGCAGGAAUCGAGCGCGCCUUGACACGAUUCAAUGAGGACAAUAACUACGGAGAAGAAUUGCGGCGGCGUCGACAAAAUGGUGAGAGGGUUACGCUAUCCACAUCAACAUUUCCGGAUGAAUCUUCACCUGCACAGAACUUGGACGGUGGUGAGACGGUGGUCGAUGACCAGAGCGUCUUUUCGUGGCGCGAUGGGAACAACGAGUCUUCUCCGACUCGUGAAGGCCAGAACUUGCUCAAUUUACUCUAUCAUAUUGCUGAGGAUCAGGCAAGGAGAGAUGGCUACAUCCACAGAGGGGUGACGUGCAACAGUUGCGGAGCUAUGCCCAUCCAAGGUAUUCGAUACCGUUGCGCGAACUGCAUUGACUAUGAUCUUUGUGAGACAUGUGAAGCCAUGCAGGUACACAUUAAGACCCAUUUGUUCUACAAAGUCCGUAUCCCGGCUCCCUUCCUGGGCAAUCCACGGCAGUCUCAACCUGUGUGGUAUCCUGGGAAGCCUUCCAUGCUCCCGCGCAGCUUGCCCCGGUCGUUGGCCAAACGUCUGAUGAAAGAAACCAGCCUUGAGAACACGGAACUUGAUGCGCUAUGGGAUCAGUUCCGGUGCCUCGCCAAUCAUGAAUGGCCAGAUGACCCGAAUAAGCUUUACAUGGCAAUUGACCGUAAGACGUUUGAUCGGUGCUUUGUCCCCAACACGUCGGUCCGACCCCCGCCGCCAAGUUUAAUAUACGACCGGAUGUUCGCGUUCUACGAUACCAAUGGUGAUGGCCUGAUCGGAUUUGAGGAGUUUCUCAAGGGUCUUGCGAGCCUCAAUAACAAGAGCAAUGAUGAAAGGCUGCGCCGUGUUUUCCGUGGCUAUGACAUCGACGGUGACGGCUACGUGGAACGGAAGGAUUUUUUGCGAGUGUUCCGGGCUUAUUACACCCUCAGCAGGGAAUUGACCCGAGACAUGGUCGCGGGUAUGGAGGAUGAUUUCUUGGAGGGUGGUGCGCGUGAUGUUGUUCUAGGAAUGCAGCCGAUCAGCUCCGCGUUUCCUGGCAACAUCCCCUCCGGUGAGGCGUCCAGAACGGGAGAAGGGAAACGUAUCAACGCAGAUGGAGACAUGGAAAUCGUGGACAACGAAGGGGUAUUGCGGCCGGAUGGCACCGACACUGGGAAUCGACACACGGUUGUCGGGGAUUCUGCGGUUCGAAGUAGAUACGGCGGUCUGCGCCCGCUGUUUCCGUCAGUACGGCUCUCUACUCCCACUGGGCGUGCUUCGGGUAGAAGGGCUGCAAACCACGAGCAGCGCGAUGAUGGUAGUGGCUCCGACGUGUCCAGCUCGUCGGUGGGCACUGACCGCUGGCCCCCGGCCGAGCACGUCCUUGAGGAAGAUAUUGUGAAUGCUCUUGGAGCAUAUGUCCCUCUCCAAGAAGUCACCGACCCUGUUGAUAGGGCCCGGAUCGGCACAGCGGUGUAUAAUAGAAUGUGUGACGAUGAUCAGAGACAGAUGAAUGAGGUCCGCCGGCACGGCAUCGACGAACGGUGGCGACGACGAGCAUUCUAUACCGAUGAAGAAGACGGGGCAACCGUGCCCGAGGACUACGAGAGUGACCCGAAUCUCGACGGAAUGUCCGAUGAGGAUGCUUUUGAGGAACACUACGAGUCUCACCCGCCAUCUCCUCGUUCUCGAUCCUCGUCCAAGGUGCGUUUCCAGGAUGAUAUUGCAGACGACUACGAUCUGAGAUCGAACCCGUCGACAUCGUCACGGAGCAUCCUUGUUAGUGAGAGGUGGGGAGGCUUUGAAGUACCUGAGGUGGAGCGUGAUGUAGGAAAAGAGAUCCUGUACCAAGUUACCCAACAAGGGUUCAAUGAGUUACUCGACAUCCUGUUCAAGCCCAAGGAGGACCUACUCAUGGAAGCGUACCGGACACGUGCUGAGCGCAAGAUAUGGGCCCACGAGAUUGAACUGGUGGCGAAGCGCCCCGAGAAUCAAUUCGAUCAGAUUUUAAAGCGAGCGGGAAAGCGAAACGCGGGCGAGGGGAUUCAAGAAGACGAAGAAGAGCUGGAGAAAAACCCGUUCAGCGACAGGCCUCUGGAGCAGCUUCUGGACCAGACGGGAUAUUCGAUCAGAAGUCCACCUCACGAGCCGCUUCUUGAUAGCCCUAUAUUCGCUCCCCGAUCCCCGGACCUGAGACUCCCGGAUCACGAUGUACGGCCGACACACCUCGCCGAGCCCGAAGAAGACGCGCAGGAGGACGACCGCUUGGAUGGCCCUGACUUGCCAGAACUCCAGACGGACGAACUCGAGCUUCCUCCAGUUUCAUUCCCGCAGGGAUCUCUCGCCAUGGAAGAACGCGUCCUGCCCUCUGUGGAGACGGAUUUCGACCCUACCCUGCCACAACAUCGUCCCAAUGACGAGAGCCAGGAGGCGUAUGACUACCAUUCCGAUUCAUCCUCGGUGCACACCAUCUUCGACGACGUCCAGCAACACAACCUGCCGGCCGAGCUUCGCUUCUCACCCAACGGUACGACCUCUUUCCCAGCACCUGCUUCCCUUGAGCCAUCCUCCCCCGAAGCCGAAGCCACUGCUCCCAAACACUCCCCCUCGCCAAUUCAACCACUCCCACCCAACGGCAGCCCCUCACCACCUCGACGGACGGGUCCCACGCAGCCCCCCUCCCAGCUGACACUGUCGCGGUGGGCGUACCUAAACUAUAUCGAGCGUCAGGCCCAGGAACGCGGUGGCACGGGCGCCAGAUUGAAUUUUGAUGAAUUCUCGCGACGCAUGGCCGCCGACCGUGGACGUCGGUUAGCGUUUGUCGCCAGUUGGAUCGAGAUGGCUAGCUUUUAG